CAGAGCUUUAAGAAGAUGCACAUUGGUAAAGCCUUAGCCGCGGCAAAGGAAGGUGAGUCUCAGAUGAUCGUGCUGAUGGGUUCUACUCUUUACUUAAAGAGCAUCGUCAUCAAUGGAGAUCCAUCUACAGAGCAUAAAGGCAAACUUACUUACCUUGACGAACAAGUCAAUAUAUCUAAGUUCUUUUACUGCGAGGGUUUAUUGCUAUGCAUCUUGAAAAAUGAUUCUAGGAUUGUGGUUUGGGAUCCGUAUUUGGGGCAACCAAGGUGGGUCGAACUUAGAUAUCAGCCAUAUGGAUCCAACGGUUUCUCUUAUGCUCUUGGAUACGAAGACAAGAAGAGCAUAUCUUGUCGUAGCCACAAGUUAUUGAGGUUUAUAGAUAGAUACUGCAAUGUACCCGAGAAGCAGUUUUUUUGGUAUGAGAUUUAUGAUUUUGAAUCUGGUUUAUGGACGACUCUUGAUGUCACUCCUCAUUGGCGUAUUAGUGAACCUGGCGUUUCUCUCAAGGGAAACACUUGCUGGUGUGCUGCUAAAAGGAACGAGGAUAUUGAAGAAGUCUUGGCUGAUUGCAUAAUCUGUUUCGAUUUUACAAGUGAGACAUUUGGUCCGCUCUUGCCUCUGCCAUUUAGUGGUGGGUAUCAUGACUAUACGACUUUAUCUUGUGUUAGAGAAGAGAAGCUUGCGGUUUUACUUCAGCACGAUGAAUCAAAUCCAUAUGAGCUUGAUAUAUGGAUUACAACUAAGAUUGAGACUGAAGAGGUGCUGUGGAGCAAGUUCUUGAGAGUGGAAACUGAUGGAUUUGAUAGUUAUGUUCCAUUUAUAACAGGAAGCUUCUUCAUUGAAGAGGAGAAGAAACUCGCCAUUGGUUUUGAUGACCAUCAUCGCCACAAUGUUUUCGUCAUUGGAGAGGCUAAAUACCUUAGGGUAUUGGAUCUCGGGCGAGAGUUUGAUGACAAAGAAUCUUGGCCAAAUCUGUGCUCUUAUGUUCCAAGUUUAGUGCAGAUCAAGCAACCUGCAGGAGGGGAAGGGAAACAACAAAGCGAUUUGGAAAGGCGUCGAUAUGAUGAAUACAUGUCGAGACUUGACUCACUUUUAGCGGAUUGGUAAUGAGCAACAUGUUGGAGGAAGGAAGCAAAA